AUGAAUACUCUCUUUACCAGUCUGUGGACUGUUCUUUUGCUUGGUCGCCUGGUCAGGUCCCAGCAGAUGCAAAGAAGGGAUAUUUUGAAUUAUCUACUGAACAGCUCGAAGUAUGACUCUCGAAUUGCACCUGACUACGAAAAAGAUGUGGCAACGGAAGUUGAUGUUCAGCUUGAUAUUAAGAGUAUCGACUCCAUUAGUGCCAUAUCAAUGGAUUACUCGCUGAACGUGUUUUUGCAACAGAAAUGGAGAGACCCUCGACUCAACUUCUCUCAUAUCAGCAACAUCAGUGUCCUAGAAAUAAACCAGAGACGUAUUGGUGAUGUGUGGGCCCCAGACACAUUUUUUAAGAACGAAAAGAGCGCCAGGUUCCACAAUGUCACAGUCCCAAACAAACUUCUCCAUAUCCACAACGACGGUUCCGUCCUCUACAGUAUGAGAUUAUCAUUAACUCUGUCUUGUAUGAUGGAUCUUCGAUAUUUUCCAAUGGACGACCAGACCUGUUCUAUUCUCAUGGAAAGUUUUGGUUACUCUAAGGAGAACGUUGCCUUGAGGUGGAAUUCCAAAGAACCGGUUAUCUAUGGACUUGACGAUAACGACGAACAGAGCCUACCGCAGUUCUAUUUCUACAAACCUAUAGAGACCGAGGGCUGUUUUAGCGUCAACUCAUUUAAUAUAGAGAGAUCCUGUCUCAAAGUCAAACUGUUUCUUCAAAGAAAUUUGGGAUUCUACAUGUCACAAGUGUUUAUUCCAAGCAUGCUGAUUGUCAUCCUUUCCUGGAUCUCCUUUUGGAUUCACGUAGAUUAUUUACCCGCGAGGGUUUCGCUAGGAGUCAUCUGUGUGCUCACCAUGACAACGCAAAGUUCCGGCAUACGGUCUUCUCUUCCGGUUUUGUCUUACAUAAAGGCCAUUGAUGUCUGGUUGGCUGCUGGACUUUUGUUUGUGUUUGCCGCUUUAUUGGAAUUCGCUUAUAUAAUGGUACAAACAAUAAAACAUCGCAAACAAGCUAAGAACAAUGAGAAAGAUGAGGAAAGCAUGCAGAUUGCAGAACCGCAGGCGAAGACAGAUUUCAUGGACCGAGCUCGACGUGUUGAUAGAGUGUCCAGAAUUGUAUUUCCUCUCUGCUAUGCUGUAUUCAAUCUUGUUUUCUGGGCUGUUUACCUUACGAAAUAA